AUGGCCAAGGGGAAAGCAAAAGGUCAAAAAGGGAGGAAGAUCACCUUGAAAGUUGCCAAAAAUUCCAUCCGGAUAUGUCUUGACGGAGCACGCCGUCUUGACUUAAGCCAUAUGGGUAUCACCACCUUCCCCAAGUGCAUUCUGAAACUGGCUGAUGUGGAUGAACUUGAUCUGAGCAGAAACAUGCUAAAAAAGAUUCCAAGUAGCAUCGAGAAGUUCGAAAAACUGCGCUGGUUGGACUUGCAUAGUAAUCAGCUCGAGGAUCUGCCUGAGGCAAUAGGUACACUUCAGAAUCUUUUCUACCUGAAUAUAAGCAACAACAAGCUGACCACCAAAAAUCUGCCAGAAAACUUGAACCUUCUCAAGAACCUGCGUAUUCUCAACAUGGGCUUGAACUGUCUUGACAGUAUUCCCACCACUCUUGGGGCCCUGAAGGAACUUAAGGAGAUAGGUCUUUUUGACAAUGCCUUGACCAUCAUCCCAAACAGUGUGAAAAAUCUUCCCAACCUCAAGAAACUGAAUACAGAAAGAAACCCUUUCCCAGAUUCAAAGCAAGAAGAGGAAGCUGACUCCAUUAAACGCGUAGAAACACUGCACUUAGUACAAGAGAAAGACCUGUGCUCUUCCUGCCUGAAGAUGUGUCAGGAUGAGAAGGACAAGCUGAACAAGUUACAAAAUGUGCCACCUAGUCCUGCAAAGAAGCCAAGUUUUCCUUUACUCCUUACACCCAAUUCCUCUGCAAAGGAUAAUGAAGAAGAAUGGAGAUUAAGAGAGAAACAUCCCUGA